GUCCUCUCAAACCCGCCCCUUCGCGCAGUUCCCCAUGUGUUUCCAGUUCCGGCUCCGGGGGGUUAGGGAGCGGGUAAGAUGCGGUUGUCGGUCGCCGCCGCCAUCUCCCAUGGCCGCGUGUACCGCCGCCUGGGCCUUGGUCCCGAGUCCCGCAUCCACCUGUUGCGGAACUUGCUGACCGGACUAGUGCGGCACGAACGCAUCCAGGCGUCCUGGGCGCGCGUGGGCGAGAUGAGGGGUUACGCCGAGAAGCUCAUCGACUAUGGGAAGCUGGGCGACACCAACGAAAGAGCCAUGCGCAUGGCUGACUUCUGGCUGACAGAGAAGGACUUGAUCCCAAAGCUGUUUCAAGUGCUGGCCCCUCGGUACCAAGGUCAGAACGGGGGCUACACGAGAAUGCUGCAGAUCCCAAAUCGGAAU